AUGGUGUCGGAGCCAAAGACGGAGAUCAUGUGCAUGCUGCCAAAAGGGAUCGAGGAACGCCCGUUCACGGUCAGCGCCGCCGGCCAGACGUACAAGCAGACAGAUCGGUUUGUGUACCUCGGACGUACCAUCUCCGCGGAUGGGAAGGCCGACCGGGAGAUCACGAGCCGCAGCUGCCGAGCGUGGAAGUGCUACCGCCGGAACAGUGCUUCGAUAUACGACAUGCGACGGGCCAACCGCCAGCUCAAGAUCCGGCUUCUCAUGGCUGAAGUGGUGGAGACUCUCCUGUAUGGGUGCGCCUCGUGGAGCCUAACAGCGGAGCACUACACGAAGCUCAAUGGGACCCACCGCCAGUUCCUUACACGGUGCAUGGGCUGGAGCAAGCGGAAACGCUCAGACCGCCCCCUGUCCUAUGCCCAGGUCCUCAUCAUCCAGGCAGGCUGCA